UGCAUUUACUGUGUUGAAAUACAAAAUUAUGAAGUAAAUAGUAAAUACCAAUACGUAAUAGCACGCGGGUCCCCUUUUAUAAUGUUGUUGUUCAAAUUAUUGAGUGUUGUGUGUCUGCUGGCGAUGAGCUCCCGGUGCCUCGACGAAGAUUAUGAGGAGUUGGAGUACGAUGAUGGAGUGGAUUUCGAUAACUACCAAGACGACACUGAGACUAACAUUAAGGGCAAGCUGGACACCCGCGUGCGAAGAGACCCUCCUGCUGGUAGACUGUUGAAGACACUCAACCCAGAGGAAAUACGAGAAGUUAGAGAAGUGCUAAAACAACUUCUACAGGAGAAUAUUUAUAACGAAACACACACCGUCAGCAAUGGAAGCCAGUCUUUAGAAUUCUCGUCGACAAGUGAUCCAGGCUACGAGACGUACCUGACGAUUGCGGCCGAGUCGGCUGAGAUAUUGCUCGGAGCGACCACCCCGCAGUCCACAGACAACGUCUCUCUAGCCAGGCCUUCGAGAUCCACAGCACUUACAGUUCUGAGGCAGGCUAGCUCGCAGAACCCUACUCUAAGUGACGUUCUAUUAAAUACAACUGGAGUGAAUAAAUCAACGACCGCGUUCUCACCCAAAUACCCGCUGAACGUGCCGGCGCUGCUGGACCUGAUCGCGUACCUGGCGGCUGACUACGAGACCAACCUGACCAGGAAGCUCAACGAGACCCUGGCCAACAUGACGCUGCCGACGUGCGCCAUACAUACCACGCCCACCCCCACCACUUCGGAGUACGACGCUAACGCCACCGGCUCCGUCAUAGCUAAGUGCUUCGUGUGCGGUCUGGAGGACGAGGGCAUUCCGCGGGACGCGCAGUGUGCCGACGCCUUCGCCGGGGACUUCAUCCCGCUCGUGCCGGUCGACCCCACGGCACGUGCACAGAUCUCCCGAUACCGAAAGUAUUGCAAGUACAUGAACAUCAAGGGGCACCUGGUGAACGAGUCGCAGCCGCGGUCGUUCUUCGGGCGCUGGACGGGAGGAUGUUCAGUCCGCUGGAUCGACCUGAGCGGGGUGUACACCCAACGCUCCUGCCGCAGCCGGUACGGUGCCAGCGUGGGUCGACAUUUUGGCAGCAAGCGAAUGGCCAAGCUCGAGAUGUCUCUCUUGAGUGUGGACAACGGCUGCAUCAUCAGUCCCAUGGCGACCCUGGUGCCUCUCUCCCGCGGUGUGUCUCUCUACGCGCGCUUCCAUGCCUGCGUCUGUACCGGGAACUGGUGCAACCGGAUGACCAGGCACGCGCCUAACUUGCCGCUCAUCUGGUUCAUAUUCCUCGCCUCAAUAUUCUGGCUGCGACAUAAAUUCUUACCUGUUUCUUAAUUAUGCUUUAUUAAAAUCAACUUUCUACAUUUCCUUAGACAUCAGCACCAUUUCAUUCUAUUAUUAACUUCAUGUGUCAGAUAAACCUUUGUAGUCACUAUAGGAUCUGUAGUUGUAUAUUUUUGGUUACAAGUACCAGUUUUAGGUUACAAAAAUACCUUAUUGUAAUAAUUCCAUAAGUUGUGUGCAGAAUUCCAUAAUUAUACAAAUGUUGUGAUUUUUAUUGAAUGUAAAUUCCGCUAGGUUUCAUUUUUAAUCAAUUCUCAGAUUAAUUAAAGAGUACUAAAAGAAGAAAAUAUCUGAAAAUUUAAUAUAGGUUUUUAAUAAUUCUAAGUGACGAUGUUUGAAUGAAUAAAAUCAUGAGGUGAUAACAAAAAACAAAAGCAGAUUGAAACAAAUAUUGUUACACUCUGGCCUGGCGCAUUAGGUUUAUAACCUCAACAUACUACAUACAGUGCUUACUGAAACAUACCUACUUAAUUCAGUUCUGAAAGGCGGGUAGUAUGAUAAUGUAAUAUAUUUAGAUUAGCGUUGUUCCUUUUCUUAUUCUUUGUAUACUUACAAUACAUUUCAAAUCAUCUGAACCACAUAAAGUAACGUUAUACAAAUUGUUAUUAUUGUGGCUGUUAACUGUUGUUAUAUAAAAUUAAGGUAAGUGGGGACUAUGAUAAUCUAGUCUGUUUACGAAUAUACCUAAUAUGUU